GCGCUCCGGACACAUGGCUAAAGUUCGGAUGCAAAUAAAACUACAAUAAACGUGAAUAACGUCGUCUCAGUGUGAAGUAAGGUGGAUUGUUAACCUGCGAAAGUUUGAUGCGGAUGUGGGGAAAGACUUUGUCUUUCGGAUGAACAGUUUUGAAGGUUUAUUUCUCCAGGAUUUUGGAUGGAGGAAUAAAAUCCACGGCGCAUGAGUGCUGUUCACAAUAAACUCGCAUGUAGAACAUCGGCUGUUUUGUUUAAAAGGCUUUAAAACAUUUUCCAAAGGUUCUGUUUUAGAAAUGCGGUGGAUUUGGACAGGAAUUGUGCCUCUGGCACUGUUGGUUUUGGUGACACUGUUUUCUGCCGGCAUCUGGAGGAGAGAACAGGAGGAUCAUGUGUCUGCGAGUGGAGGACCAAGAGAAUCACCAGUUCGAGCCAAACGCUAUGCCAUCAACCCGCUAGGCUACAAGUGGGAUCACUUCAACAUUACCUACAAGAUCACAACAUUCCCCAAUACACUGAAUAAAGACGACACCCGUAAAGCCAUCAGUAUCGCCUUCACCAAAUGGAGUGAUGUCUCAUCUCUGACCUUUACAGAAAUCACCAACACAAAUAAAAGUGCUGAUAUCAUUAUUGGUGAGCUUGGGUGGUGA